CCCGCCGCCGCCGCCGCUCGGCCGAUGCGCCUGGAGCCAUGGACAAGAUCCUGGAGGGGCUGGUGAGCUCUUCGCACCCGCUGCCGCUGAAGCGGGUGAUCGUGCGGCGCGUGGUGGAGUCGGCGGAGACGCCGCUGAGCCAGGCGCAGUGCCGCGCCAUGUUCGCGCUCGGCACCCGGCUGGUACUGCAGGGCCCCGACCCCUUCCAGCGGCAGGUGGGGCGGCAGGUGCUGGACGCCUACGGCCGCUUCCACCGCGCCGAGUUCGAGGCGUUCUUCAACCGCGGCCUCGUCCUCGGCCUCCUGCAGCGCGGCUACGGCGAGCUGAGCAACCGCGACCCCGCCAUCCUUGACUACAUCCAGGCGGGGCUGCGCCUCAUCAUGAGCUGCCCCUCGGUGCUGGAGCUCUUCGAGCUGCUGCAGGUCGAGGCGCUGCGACUGGUGUGCGAGCGGCCGGCGCCGCCGCUCUGCGCCCGCCUGUGCCAGCUGCUGGGCGACUUCCCGCAGUGCCUGCCCCGCGGCAGGAAGCUCUCGCUCGCCUUCUGCCAGCAGCUGGUGCGCAGCAUCGCCCACUUCCAGAGCCAGGGCACCCGCGAGGCCGAGCUGCGCCUCUACGUCUCGCAGGUGAGCCAGGUCAGCGCGCUGCUCCGGAGCGUCUGGAAGGCCGAGCCCGACACGCUGCUGCCCUCGCUGCAGGAGCUCUUCGCUGUCAUCUCCGCCGCGGAUACUUCAUUCGAGCCUUCUGUUGCACUGGCAAGUCUUGUGCAGCACAUACCAUUGCAGAUGAUUACAGUACUCAUCAGGAGCCUUACUACAGACCCUAACGUGAAAGAUACAAGUAUGACUCAAGCUCUGUGCAGAAUGAUUGAUUGGCUGUCCUGGCCUCUGGCUCAGCAUGUGGAAACGUGGGUGAUUGCACUGCUGAAAGGAUUGGCUGCAGUCCAGAAAUUUACCAUCCUCAUUGAUGUCACCCUGCUUAAAAUCGAAUUGGUCUUUAAUCGACUUUGGUUUCCUCUAGUGAGGCCUGGUGCCCUUGCUGUCCUUUCCCAUAUGUUACUUAGUUUCCAGCAUUCUCCAGAAGCUUUUCAUUUGAUUGUCCCACAUGUGGUGAGUUUGGUUCACUCCUUCAAGAGAGAUGGCUUGCCUUCCAGUACAGCCUUUUUGAUGCAGUUGACAGAGUUGAUACACUGUAUGAUGUAUCAUUAUUCAGGUUUUCCAGAGCUCUAUGAACCCAUUCUGGAAGCUAUUAAGGACAUGCCCAAACCCACUGAAGAGAAGAUUAAGUUGAUCCUCAGUCAGAGUGCCUGGACUUCUCAAUCCAGUUCUUUGCCAUCUUGUUUAUCUAGACUUUCUGGAAAAUCUGAAACUGGGAAGACAGGCCUAAUAAAUCUAGGAAAUACUUGCUACAUGAACAGUGUUAUUCAGGCACUUUUUAUGGCUACAGAUUUCAGAAGACAUGUUUUAUCUCUGAAUCUAAAUGGCUGUAAUUCCCUAAUGAGAAAAUUACAGCAUCUUUUUGCAUUUUUGGCCCAUACCCAGAGGGAGGCCUAUGCUCCUAGAAUUUUCUUUGAAGCUUCCAGACCACCAUGGUUCACUCCUCGGUCCCAGCAGGAUUGUUCAGAAUAUCUCAGAUUCCUGCUAGACAGGUUGCAUGAAGAAGAGAGAACUUUGAAAGCAUUGUCUUCAGCAAAGAGUUCUGAAAGUAUUAUGACUGACAAGUCCCGGGCACAAGAAACUGCCCAUAAAGCAUUUACUGAAGCACCUUGUAUGGAAAGUGAAGAAAGAACUCUAAUAGAGAAGAUGUUUGGAGGAAAAUUGAAGACUAACAUAUGCUGUUUGAACUGCAAAAGUAUGUCUCAAAAGGAAGAAGCUUUCACAGAUCUCUCUUUGGCUUUCUGUCCCCCAGCUUCCUUAGAGAAUGCUGACCCAAAGUGCAUAGAACAUUCUGAAGUGAAAGAUGACUACAUGGUGCAAAGUAAUGCUUCAGCUACCAGUCCUGAUGCAGAAACACCUCUCAGUAAUUUGGAAGUAAAUCGUGGAUGUGACACAAGAAUGAAUGAAGGAACUAUAGAUUUUUCUAGUGAGCCAAGCUCUGAGAAUACCACUAUUUCUGAACUCAAAGUUGAAAAUAAUGGGGAUAUGUCUCAGAGUCUAGUAGGUAAAAACACCCUGUCAGUUACAGACUUGCUCAAUUAUUUUCUGGCACCUGAAAUCCUUAGUGGAGACAACAAAUAUUAUUGUGAAAAGUGUGCCUCUUUACAGAAUGCUGAAAAAACUAUGCAAAUCAUUGAGGAACCUGAAUACCUCAUUCUCACUCUUUUGAGAUUUUCAUAUGAUCCAAAAUGUCACAUAAGGCGCAAAAUCUUGGACAAUGUUUCUCUACCACUUGUAUUGGAACUGCCAGUGAAAAGAGCAACGUCUCCUUUAGCUGUUGUUUCAGGAGGCUGGUCUGUUGGUGUGGAGAUUUCUGACACUGGAGAAAACCUUGCUAAAAAACUGAAGCCCUCUGGUGCUGAUGAAGUGACCUGCCCACAGCUGGUGCCCUAUGUGUUGAGCUCUGUGGUGGUGCAUUCUGGGGUAUCCUCUGAAAGUGGGCAUUAUUAUUCAUAUGCUAGAAAUGUUACUGGAUCAGGACCUUCAGGGCUCUGCCACCAGUCUACAGCUCUUUCUUUAGUUGCUCCUCAGGAUAAGUUGUUUACAGAGGAGAGUCCUUGUACUGUUGUAGAGAAUGAGCUGGACACUGAGAUGCCAAGAGAAUGGUUUCUGUUCAAUGACAGCAGAGUGACAUUUACCUCAUUUCAGUCAGUCCAGAAAAUCACCAGUAGAUUUCCAAAGGACACUGCUUAUGUUCUGUUUUACAAAAAGCAGAACAGCACCUGUGGCUUAAACACCAAUCCAGCAAAUGGCCUGUGGGUAAAUGGAGACCCUCCUCUACAAAAAGACCUCAUGGAUGCUAUUACAAAAGAUAACAAACUGUACUUGCAGGAGCAAGAGCUCAGUGCUCGAACACAAGCACUGCAAGCUGCCUCGGCCUCUUGCUCGUUCCGGCCCAAUGGAUUUGAUGACAAUGAUCCCCCAGGAAGCUGUGGGCCCACAGGUGGAGGAGGAGGGGGUGGGUUCAGCACUGUUGGUAGAUUGGUCUUUUGACUGUGAAGACAACGUGGAAUACACUGGUUCCAAAGCAGCCCAGUACUGCUGAGGACAAAUAAAAUACCGAACUCUGCCCAAGUUGUAUCAGGCUUUGAGACUUGGUCCUUGUCCAAAAGCAAAUAGUAGUGGGUUUUUGGUUGUGUUUUAUUUGAAAUAAAUAAGCGCAUAAUGGAAAGAAA